GUCACCUAUAAAACAAUCAACUUCUUAUUGAAUACAUCCAUUUAUACUAUAAUUGAAAAACCAAACAUCAUUUUACAUCACUUUUAUUCUAAACCAAGUUUCAUUGAUCUAAUUCAUUUUUGUAUUCUUUUUUAUUAUCACGGACUUAAAUAAUCGUCAUAAAUUGCUUAAUAGAUCUCAUUCAGUGGUUUAACACAAGGUUAUUAAAAAAACCUAAAAGAUAAAUAUUUAAUUUUAUGUUAGGAAAAGGUAGAGGACGUUGAUGAUUAAUCAAAAAAAUAAAAUUUUACUAAAUUGGUAGGAUCUUCUUGCUGCACUGACAACUUAAAUGUCAACUUAUUUACUGAAAAUAUCGGUCAAAGUCGGUUUUUCAUCAACAUAAAUUAGUUUAAAUGCGGUUUUAAAAUUUCUUGCUAAACUUUUAAAUAAGAAAAUGAUCCGAAUCAGAUUGUAAAAAAACGAAUUUAAGGAAUAAAAACCGGAAUUGGAUAUUAAAACUAUAUCAAAAAAAUUAAAAAGUAAUCCACUUAGCGUUCCCAUAAAAGCUUAAAUACGUUAAAACUUUAAACAUGUAGUAUGCUAAAUAAAUAUAAAAUACAAAACAACCUUAUGCCCGGACCAAGUAAUUAGAUGCGACACACUUAUCAUAUAUUAUACAAUUUCUAAAUUCUGCAAUACUCAUUUUUGCGAGAUGGUGAUUUUGGAGAAGUGAUCGUUUAGUUCAUUAUAACUGAAAACAAAACACCCAAACGAUUACCAUGUUUUUUCUCUGAAUAAAAAUAAUAAUAAUUUGAAACCGUUAGUUCGGUAAGUCAUUAGUUUACUAUUAUAUAGGAUGUCAAUCGUUGUUUUAAAAAUAUGAGAGAUAAAAAUACCUGUGCCCCAUCUCUAGUGGACAGUGUCAAUUGUCAAACACACGCUUUUGUUGCGUUCCAGUAGGCGUUCACUACGCAUUGUUAACAUUUACUUAAUUCGUUGUUUCUUUUUAACUAGUGUCAAACUACAUUCUCUCGGUAAAAGUUAUGGUAAACAUAACGGCUAAAUCAACACUGCAAUUUUACACUGCGGCCAUUUUUGUAGACGGUCGUCGGUGUUCUUUUCAUUAAAAAGUAUUUCUUUAUUAUUUACCCCUUCUAGCUAUUCGGAAAUCUACAAACCCGUACAUUUUGCAAAUCAGAUUCUAAUAUUUAUGAAAAUGACCCCCUAAAGCUAUAUUCGGUGUCGUUGAACUGAGAUUUUCUGAAGUUUUAGUGAACUCUUUUUCAACUUCAAAUUUUGUCUUUAUUGUUAAUUAUACAUAACAACUGAAGAUACUGUGAGGUGUAACAAUGUCUAACGUUGGCUAUGACCUCGAUACUUCGGGCGGGCUUAUGCCGCUAAUUCGGGCAUUGAUAAAGCCGCCUGAUGAAGAUUUAAACGUCCAGAAGCCCAAGAAACCGCAGCAUCCUUACUAUAAGAGGCCUGGUAAAGGUCACAACCAUGAUUCUUGCGACGCGUGUGGGGAAGGCGGCGAUCUCAUAUGCUGUGAUCGCUGUCCUGCUAGCUUCCAUCUCGGGUGCUAUGACCCACCAUUGGAAGAGAAUGAUAUCCCCGCUGGGCUGUGGCUCUGUAAGGAGUGCAGAGCUGCAGAUGACAACAAACCUGCCAGCUCCAGGAGUAGCCGAGCACAGUCUCCAGCUGACAGCAAGUCUGACAGCGAAAAGAAAUCUAGUUUGCGCAACAAUCGCGCGAAUUCAGGGAAAAAGAGGAGUUCAGAGGAAGAAGAUGAGAUCAAGAAAGAGCCGGAGAAGGAGCUGUCUCCCAUGGAGAUCCUGGUGAAGGCUGCCAAGAUCAUGAACCCUACGCAGUUUGAGCUGCCCAGGGAGAUGAGGAUACCAUGCAUUUUCCCAGGAACUGAUAAACCGGAGUCGGGUAAGGGCGGCGCCGGGUCGCUGGUGACGGUGGACGCGUGGGGCUGCGUGCCGCUGCCGGGCGCGGCGUGCUUCGUGUGCGGCCGCAGCUGCAAGCGCGCGCCGCUGCUGCACUGCGACUACUGCCCGCUGCUGUUCCACCAGGACUGUUUAGACCCGCCGCUGACAGCUCUGCCCACUGGACGCUGGAUGUGUCCCAACCAUGUGGAGCAGUAUAUUGAUUGGAAGCUGGUGAACUCUAUAUCGGCAACGGAGCGCGUGGCUUUGUGGGAGAAGUUCUCGGGGCCAGUAGACCAGCAAGCAAUCAAGGUGGACUUUAUAAAGAGGGCCAAGAAGGCAAGACCAGCUUUCCGUAUCAAAGUGCCAGUGGAAUUGCGCGGCCGCGUGGUGGUACCAGACAUGGUGCGCUACCACUAUCAGAACCCACCGCCGCUCAUGCCCAGCCGGCGGGAGUAUGUGCGCUGCAAAAAUGUUCUAAAGAACUUAAAAGCGGGGGGUUGUUACGAGGACGCGGAGGACGAAUCCGCUCCGAAGCACAUGAUCUGCCUGAACGUGACGUGCGGCCAGCCGGGCGGGGACUGCGACCAGGCGGGCGGCCAGGCGGGCGGGCCCUGCGGCCAGGCGGGCGGGCAGGCCGGCGGGCAGGCCGGCGGCCAGGCGGGCGGCUGCCAGGCCUCGCUGCGCGGCGCCAGCCACCAGGACGCCGAGCGGGACCUCAGGGACAUACACACGCACGACACACCUGAUAUCAUGCCCGAGAGACACACAGACUCAUCAAGCGAUCUCUCCGAUUCCGACUUCGAGUACUUAACGGCUACAGUGAAAAAACGCAAGGUUUCGCAGUGUGAGGACAAAAGUCCGAACAAGAGAGGCAAGAGCGAGAGGCUGGAGUUAAGGUCGGAGGGAAACGUGGAGGAACUACUCGCGGUGGUUGAUGAACAGUUGAAGAAGUUGGAUGAGAGGCUCGUCAAGUUGCUGGCGUGGCAGCGGUUGCAACAGGUGGUAGCGGGCGAGCAGGCGUGGGGCCCGUGGCGCGGCUGCGCGGUGUCGGCGGCGGGCGCGGCGCUGGUGCGGCGCAGCGUGGACCGCGCGCGCCUCGCCCGCCUGGGCCUGGCGCGGCGCGCGCUGCCCUCCGAGCUGCUGUCGGCCGCCGACCGCGCCCGCAUCGCGCGCAAGGUGUGGGGCGCGCCGCCGCCCGCGCCCGCCCCCGCCCCCGCCCCCGCCCCCCCGCGCGCCCCGCAGCUCAGCGACGCCACGGUGCGCGCCACGCUCUGCGCCAUCACCCGUCUCGAGAGGAACGGCAUAGGUGAUGGAUUAGGCAUGCCGAUACCCAUGCGGUUGUCUUCCUUGACCAUUGGUACUGACAGUGGAUGUGACGUGCGACUCGACCCCACCGACUGUAAGCGAGUCUCGAGAAACCACGCUGUAAUAUUUAUGGAUGAGGUGAGUCGUCACUUCGAGCUGAUCAACUACUCGGAGUGGGGCAGCAGCGUGAACGGCGUGUUGUACACGUGCGACGUGUCGGGGCGCCCCCCCCCCGCGCGGGCCGCCGACGCGCGCGCCGCCGCGCUGCGGGACGCCGUCAGCCGCCGCCAGCCGCGCGCGGAACUGUACCAGUACCGAAAUGCUGGACAAAUCCGAGCUUUGGUCAGUGACCUUGAUAGUUUAAUUGGUAAAGUUAACUCUACUUUUAGCCAGGAAUUGCAGAUUCGUGAUCUGUUAUCAAUUGUAUGUUAUAAAAAUCCUUCAAUUCGCCAACCGAUUUCCCCUUCCAGUAUAAACGGCAGCCUGACCCUCCCGCUCCCGGACGAGGCGGGCUGCGCGUGCCCGGACGCGGCCCGCGCGGGCGCGUGGGAGGGCUCUGCGCUGGUCCCUCACGGCGCGCUGCUGCAGUUCGGCUGCAACAGCUUCGUGUUCAGCAUCACGGACGCGCGCGCCUUCCCCUACGACGAGCCGCAGGACAGCCCCGCGCUAUAGCACACACACGCCGACCCACACACGCGCUUGCUUCUUACUUGCUGCUGAUUUUAAGGUAGAGUAACGCUAGUGUUUCAACAAAGUGGUAUUAAAGUUGGCUGUGAGCUGUGAGAUGACAAUUCUUAUCGCACUUGGUCUCUAUCAAAUGCGUGUUUCAUUCUCUCUUCUACUCGUACUUAUGUCUCGUAUAUGGAUAAAGCUACUGAUGUAUGAAAAUCAGAAUACUGUAGCUUGUAUAAUCCAAGACAUCUUAUUAUGGGGUAACUUGAAAGGCAAGCGUGGGAGUAUGCCAUCACCUUUUUAUAUUAACGAUUAAAUAAAUCCUCUGUUUAAGCCUGAAAAAAAGGACUUAAGGUAUUUUCGUGAAAAUAUCACGCGAAAUUCAAGGAACAAUGAGUUCAAAAGCAGUAUUCAAAUCAACAAUAUUUAUAUUCUCUGUCCCAGAGAUUUCACAACUUUUAUAUAUAAAAACUCUAAAGUUUAUCUGUAUUGAUGCCUAACUACAUAACCUAACCCACCAUCAUUUGAUCGAAGUUUUCACAACUACUCCUGCAUCACUCUGCAAUUAUAACAGUUGGUUAUUACCCUACCAAAAUUAACCAGCAUGAAAAAUAAACAAGCGCUGUGUUGCCCUAUCCUAACUGUAGAUUUAAUUUAUACAUUGGUUAAUGUCAAUGCAUUAUGUUAUCCUACACAAUGUCUAGUUUAAUUGUACUAUGGUUAACUUUAUUGUUUAUAUACCUUACUGUUAAACUAUAUUAGGUCUGGAUACUGAAACUUCACUCAGUUUUAAGUGGCCGUUAUGUCUGACACUUCUACAUACUAAGAUUGACUAUGUGAAGGUCUUUUUACGCCUGCGUUUCUCUUACGCUAUUACUGCUAACAGUUCAACUUUGGUAUAGGUAUGGCUUAAGAGUAACAGUAAAGAUGGGAAGUCUAAAUCCAGCUGUGGGUGAUACCAGCAUGUAAUUGUAGUAAAACCCAAGCCAUUAUGAUCAUAAUUAUUUAUUACAUAGGCUACUUUUUGCUGUGAUGAACGAGUAAGUAGCAUUCUAUUAACUACUCUUCAUCCCAUUCUGGGCUAGAGUGGCUAUAUGGUUGAAAACGCGACCUCAUAUAGCCAUGAUCAGUCAUGCCACUCAGCCAUAAGCCAUAAGGAAACAAAAAGAAAAAUAUGAAAAAUAAUCUUUUUAAAUUAUGUGAUGUUUCAGUAUUCAACGGUUAACUUUUUUAGUUAAGUUAAUCUUGUGUUUUCGUCUACUUAACUGAAAUGUACUCUGUUGAAUUGUUUACAUUGUAAUGUAGUUGAAUACACUUGAACCAUGAAGCUGGACUUUUGAUUGGUAGCAAUAAAUAAGCACUAUAAUAAGUAUUAAACCUAGGUUUUAACUUAGAACCUUUUUCUUUUGGUAUGAUUGAUGUACGACCUUGUAUCAGAGUUUUAACCGCCCAUAGGACCUCUAAAGUAACUUAAUACACCUUUGAAGUUUUUGGGUGAUUUUUUCUCAAGAUGUUUUCAUCCAAAUUGCAAAGCCAGUUGCUAAUUAGUUUUUAUUUAUUGUGGCCUUAUUUAUAUCGUAAUAGGACAAUUACCAUAAUGCCUGUGGAAUAGAAAUAAGCGUUAAUAACAGUUGAUUGUUCGACAAUACCAACUAUUGACAAGAUAACACGUCUUAAUGGUUGUAAAGAUUUUUUAUAAUUACGUAUUUUUUCUUCAUGAAAAGAUUAGGUAAACAUUUGGGAUCUCAUAAAUAUGACAAAUAUAACAAUUUUAUUUUCUGUAGUUUCAAAAUUCGUAUAACAUUAAAUCAAUCAAUAAAUCUACUAUAAAAAUCGCUCAAAUGCAUGUAAAUGGCAUAUUUUAAAUUAAUACUUCCAUUCGCUUUUAGAAAUAACAAUUCUCCAGAAUUGAGGGUGCUUUUUGUGUCGUCAUAUUUUAUGGUCUCGACUCAUGUUCGGCAGUAGAACGCGAUAGGCUAUGUUGAUUCAUUGAUUAAUGUUAAACGUUCAUGCUUUUUAUAGGCAUUAUACCCUACUCACAUGGACUUUCAAUUGUCAUCAAUAUAGGCCAAAACUUGCCAAUACAUUCUAGCAAAUUAUAAAACCCCUAUGUUGAAUCUUAUACUACAUAAACUUCAUUUUUAAAAGUUAUAUCAUAAUUUUUAAUCCCCGACGCAAAAAGACUACUGACGUGUUUGUCUGUCUGCCUGUUUUUGGCAUCAUAGCUCCAGAACGAAUUGAGCGACUUCAAUUUAGUUUGAUUUGUAUUAUAAAUUUAGAAUUGAUUAAAAUCGGUCGAGCCAUUUAAAAGUUAUAGGGAGGGUUGACUUUUUAACGUCGGGAGUGGUUUUUAUUUAAAAUUUUAGCUUGUUAAACACUUUCCCAGGAAUUAUCUAAGACUUAGGCAAUUGAUUAAUGUGACUGAAGUGAUCACUUUUACCCAUGUUAUGUAACAGUGUUGAAUGCAACUCGUUUGUUCAUCCUCUUAUAGAGGACUUUAGUUGUAACCUGGUUAGGACGCGUAUGUGUAGCUUAGUGUUUUAUGUAUAUCGAUAAUGUAGCGUAAUUACUAUAACAAUGUUUAUGUUUGUCAAAUAAAGGUUAAUUAAGAUUA